AUGGAGAGCGCUUCGAUGUUGGAACACCAGAUGCUGAUUAAUGAACUCACUCAGGGAAUGGAGCAAGCUAAGCAGCUUCGGUUUUACUUGUGCAUGACUUCUCCUUCCAAAGCUCAGGACUUGAUUCUUCAGAGGAUAUUGUCUUCUUACGAGAAAGCUCUAUUGAUUCUCAAGUGGAGUGGAUCAACAGGACAACUCCAAUUAGCUGCACCAACAUCCGGUGCACCAGAGUCGUCCAUAUCUGUGGAUGGAAGUCCACACAGUGAGGAAUUGAACAAGAAUUUCAGGGAACAUCAAGAACGCAGAGAUACGUCAAAGAAGAGAAAAAUGUUACCCACAUGGACAGAGCAAGUGAGUGUUGCCUCUGAAAAUGGAUUUGAAGGACCUACGGAUGAUGGAUAUAGUUGGAGAAAAUAUGGACAGAAAGACAUUCUGGGAGCCAAAUAUCCCAGAAGCUAUUACAGAUGCACGUACCGUCACGUUCAAAAUUGUUGGGCAGCAAAGCAAGUGCAAAGGUCUGAUGAUGAUCCCACUAUUUUUGAGAUCACGUACAAAGGGACGCACACGUGCAACCAAUCGAUCAAUGCAGUUCCACCUCCUGCAUCACCUGAAAAACAAGUAUUAUACCAUAAACCACAGCAACAAAACCAGAUGCUUUUGGACUUGCAAGCAAAACUCAGAGUCGACACCGAGGGCCUAGACAAUAAAGAGAUCCCAUCCCACUUGUCGUUUCCAUCAACAUUUGCAAGCGUUAACUUUGAGAAUCAUAUUUUUCCAACCUCCGUGCUUGCUGAUGACAGUCACUUUGGUGCCAAUUCUCAAUUGCUUAUAUCUCCAGCCCUGUCUGAAUCAAAUUACUUCUCACCAUCAGCAACCUACCAGAUGAAGAGAUUUAGGGGAGCUCAUAAUUUACAACAUUCGGAAUCUGAUAUUGCUGAAAUAGUUUCAGGUCAUGCUUCGACAUCCAAUUCUCCAAUUGGAGGGAUGGAGUUUCCGAUUGAGCCUGUAGAACUAGAUCCAAAUUUUCCAUUCAACAUCCAAGGAUUUUUCACAUAA